ACUGAAUGAUCCUAACAGGGAAGUAAGUGCUCACAUCCCUAAGAAGAGGUAGAAAAUAGUUAACAUGGAAUCAAAAACUUGUGAAUCAAAAAAGGAAGAUCUUUUAUCAAGUGGCAUCAUAUCCAAAGGAGGUUCUUCAAGCCCGUUUUUUGUAACAUCUACUCAUGGUGCAAUAAUUGAAAACACGUCUUCAGCUGGGACUUUAACACAAAUUCCCUUUUUUCCUAAAUAUGAAGUGGAACUUGAUUCUCCUAGAAAGUCCACCUCUUACCCUGGAAAAGAGCACAUUGAACGUGUUUUGGAAGAAUAUUCACAACAAGUUAAAGAUUUGCAGAGAAGACUGAACGAAAGCAAUGAAUUACAUGAAAAACAAAAAUUUUACUUAAGACAGUCAGUCAUUGAUUUGCAAACAAAACUUCAAGAAAUGCAAAUGGAGAGAGAUGCUAUGGCUGACAUCAGGCGAAGGGAGAGUCAGUCCCAGGAGGAGGUACGAAAUCAGCUUCAGAAUACAGUUCAUGAGCUUGAAGCUGCCAAGUCCCUUAAGGAGGACAUGCUGAAGGACAGCAGCACACAGAUAGAGCAGCUACGAAAGCUGAUGCUUAGUCAUGAAGGCGUGCUUCAAGACAUCCGAUCGGUCUUAGUUGACUUUGAAGAAGCCUCAGGCAAGAAAAUAUGUGAACACGACAGCAUGUCUACCAUGCACUUCCGCAGCCUGGGCUCAGCUAUUAGUAAAAUCCUAAGAGAAUUAGACACAGAGAUCUCUUUUCUUAAAGGGAGGAUCUUUCCAGUAGAGGAUCAGCUUGAAACCCUGAAGUCUGAAUCACAGAAUAAAAUAGAACUAUUACUUCAACAACAUCAGGAUCGGAUUGAGCAGCUGAUAAGUGAACAUGAAGUUGAGAUAGCAGGACUUACAGAGAAAGCCAGCAGUGCUCGAAGCCAAGCCAACAGUGUCCAGAGUCAACUGGAAAUAAUUCAAGAGCAGGCGAGGAACCAGAACUCCAUGUAUAUGCGCCAGCUCAGUGACUUGGAGUCUACUGUCUCUCAGCUGCGUUCUGAGCUGAUGGAGACCAAGAGGAUGUAUGAAGAUAAGAUAGAAGAGCUGGAGAAGCAGUUAGUCCUUGCCAAUUCAGAGCUCACCGAGGCACGCACAGAGCGGGACCAGUUUAGUCAGGAGUCGGGAAAUCUGGAUGACCAACUCCAAAAGCUGUUGGCAGAUCUCCACAAGAGGGAGAAGGAGCUUAGUCUGGAGAAAGAACAGAACAAGCGUCUGUGGGACCGAGACACAGGCAACAGCAUCACCAUCGACCACCUGCGGCGGGAGCUGGAUGACCGGAACAUGGAGGUGCAGCGGCUGGAGGCCCUGCUCAAGGCCAUGAAGAACGAGUGUCAGGGCCAGAUGGAGCGGCAGAUGGCAGCCAUUCAGGGGAAGAACGAGAGUCUGGAGAAAGUGUCCUCCCUCACUGCACAGCUGGAGUCCACCAAGGAGAUGCUGCGCAAGGUGGUGGAAGAGUUGACAGCCAAGAAGAUGAACCUUGAGAGCUCUGAGAGGACAGUGUCCGACUUGACCGCUUCCCUCCAGGAGAAGGAACGCGCCAUCGAGGCCACCAAUGCAGAGAUCACGAAGCUCCGCUCCCGGGUGGACUUGAAGUUACAGGAGCUCCAGCACCUGAAGAACGAGGGGGACCACCUCAGAAACGUGCAGACGGAGUGCGAGGCGCUCAGACUGCAGAUGGCAGAAAAGGACAAGGUCAUUGAGAUUCUGAGGCAGCAGAUUGAGAACAUGACGCAGCUGGUUGGCCAGCACGGACGAACGGCAGGUGCAAUGCAAGUGGAGAAGGCUCAGCUGGAGAAAGAGAUUAAUGACCGGAAGCUGGAACUGCAGGAGUUUAAGAUUUUAAAAGAUAAAAAAGAUGCGAAGAUCCGGGAGCUCGAAGCCAGAGUGAGUGACCUGGAACUGGAGAAGGUGAAGCUGGUGAAUGCAGGCUCCGAGCGUCUCCGAGCAGUGAAGGACAUCAGACAGGAGAGAGAUCAGUUGUUAAAUGAGGUGAAGACUAGUAGGACUGAACUGAACAACCUCUCAGAGGACUAUGAAGUCCUAAAGAGGAACUUCCGAAACAAAAGUGAAGAGAUGGAGAGCACUACAAACAGGCUGAAGAUGCAGCUCAAGUCGGCACAGUCAGAACUGGAACAAACAAGGAACACGCUCAAGACCAUGGAAGGAUCCGAUGGCCACGCUAUGAAGGUGGCAAUGGGCAUGCAGAAGCAAAUCACAGCCAAGAGAGGCCAGAUCGAUGCCCUGCAGAGCAAGGUGCAGUUUUUAGAAGAGGCCGUGACAAGUGCCAAUAAGGAGAAACACUUUUUGAAAGAAGAGAAGAGUAAGCUCAGCCAGGAGCUGAGCACCGUAGCAACAGAGAAAAACAAGAUGGCUGGGGAGUUAGAAGUGCUACGGUCUCAGGAACGACGCCUGAAGGAGAAGGUUGCCAACAUGGAAGUCGCUCUUGACAAGGCAUCUUUGCAGUUUGCAGAGUGUCAAGAUAUAAUACAGCGCCAGGAACAGGAGUCGGUGCGUCUAAAACUUCAGCACACUUUGGAUGUGAAAGAACUUCAGGGCCCUGGAUACACCUCUAAUUCUUCAAUGAAACCUCGCCUUCUCCAGCCAGCAUCUGUAGCUCGGUCUCAUUCCAACGUACCAUCCUCUCAGUCUACGGCCAGCUUCCUGUCUCACCACUCUUUAAAAACCAACACACUGAAGGAGGACCCGACGAGGGACCUGAAGCAGCUUCUGCAGGAGCUGAGAAGUGUGAUCAAUGAGGAGCCGGCCAUGCCCCUGAGCAAGACUGAGGAGGAGACCCCAUCUCUUGGUGCAUUAGAAGACAGAGUAAGGGACUGCAUCACUGACUCAAGCCUGAGAUCAGAGCUCUGCCACAGAAGCAACAACUCCUUGAGGGAGUCUACCGAAGGCAGCAAAUCCAGUGAGACUCUGAGCAGAGAGCCAGUCGCACUGCAUCCAGGAGACCUGGAAGAUCCGUCUAGCUGCUUCACGUUCACAUCCACAGCAAGUCCAUCUGUGAAAAUUUCAGCUUCUCGUUCAUUCAAUUCCUCUCCUAAAAAGUCUCCAGUGCACUCCCUCCUCACGAGCUCAGGCGAGGAGUCGGUGGGCUCCACACCGCAGUACCGGUCUGCCAAGCCUGUUCAUUCAUCCAACUCGGCAAAAGAUUCACAGUCUCCGUCACUAGAAACAACAGGAAAAACAUGCCGAAAACUGCAGAACAGACUGGAAAGUUUGCAAACCCUGGUAGAAGACUUACAGCUGAAGAACCAAGCAAUGUCUUCAAUGAUCAGAAAUCAAGAGAAGAGAAUUCAGAAAGUGAAAGACCAGGAAAAGAUGUUACUGAAAUGAUGAGUUGCUUGCCUGCUGUCUACAAAGAGCUGACAUACGAUUAAUCGUGGUGUUCCUUAUAAUUAGUGCCCUGCAAACUUUUUUCUUUUUAUGUGAAAUUUAAUAAAAGAUACCCUGUCCUGUA